AUGGGGACUGUAUCGCGCAUCUUUCCGUUUGGCGGAACAUGCAACAACUACGAAUGGGGCCGCAAAGGCAGCAAGUCGCUCGCGGCACGCCUGUGUGCCGCUUCUCCGGAGACAGAUUUCAAGAUUGAUGAGGAGAAGCGCUACUCGGAGAUGUGGUUUGGCGAUUAUCCCAAUUUCCCCGGUCGGCUGGGAGAUGGCCGGCCGCUGGGCGAUGUGCUGCGCGAACAUAAAAAUGAACUCUUAGGAGAGCACUCGGUUGGCAAAUGGGGGGACCAGUUGCCAUAUCUGCCCAAGAUUCUCUCGAUUGCCAAGGCCCUCCCCUUGCAAGUGCAUCCAAAUAAGGACCUGGCGGCCAAGCUGCACACGCAGAACCCGGAGCAAUUCACCGACCCCAAUCACAAGCCCGAAAUCGCCAUUGCCCUGUCGCACUUUGAGCUGUUUGCCGGCUGGAAGGAGCUCGACGAGAUUGCGCAGCUCUUCCGCACGCCGUUUCUGCGCGGCGUGAUGCCGCCGUCCGCCGCUAGCAGCAGCCGCUGGACCGACGAGACGCUGCGCGAGGUGGUGCGCGCGCUCCUCAAGGCCGACGCCGACAGCGUCCGCGCCAUGCAGGCCGAGCUGGCCGUGCAGCUCGAGGCCGACUUCAAAAAGGGCGGCGCGCACCGCGCCAGCCACCUGCUGCGCGUGCUGCGGGACCUGCAGGCGCAGUGCACCGACCUCGACCCCGGCGCGCUCGUCGCCGUGCUGUGCAUGAACUUCCUCACGCUCGACCCCGGCGAGGCCAUCUUCAUCCCCGCCGACGGCGUGCACUGCUACCUGUCGGGCGACGUCUUUGAGUGCAUGGCGCGCUCCGACAACAUGCUCGCGGGCGGGCUGUGUCCCGCGGCGGACCGCGACCACGCCGACGUCUUUUGCGACGCGCUGCGCUUCGGGGAUUUGACGCGCCCGCGCGGCAUCCGUCUGCCCGCGCAGACGGUGCGCGACCCGGCGACGGGACUCGUGGACCACAACGCGGCCCGGUUCGCCCCGCCGGUGGGCGAGUUUGACGUGCUGCGGGUUGCGUUGCUGGCGGGCCGGGAGCAGGCGCUGCGGCCGGCGCGGGGGCCGACGGUGGCGAUUGUGCUGAGAGGCGAGGGCACGCUGGUGGGCGACGACGACGGGCGCGAGGUGAGGCUGAUGCAGGGCCAGAUAUUCUUUGUCGCGGCCAAUACGGCGGCGACGGUGCGGGCGACUGAGGACUUGGAGUUGUAUGCGACAGUCGGUGGUUGA